AGAUAAUUUCUUAUAGCUUUACGUACAGCAAUAACAUGGAUAAGACUUGCGGUAUCCACACAACUUUCUUGAAUCGCCAAUUACACGGUGGUUUAUGUCCUGCCACCAAGCACAUAAGCCUUAUAACAACUGAUAAGAGAAGAACUGGAAGUGGCCAAACAGUACUCUGUUCACUUGUUACUCCUAAAACUAUGAAUACGAGGACGUUGAUUGAACGACAGGUUCCACGGGAGGUGUCAAUGCCAGCAAAAUUUGGCAUGUUUGGAGGGAAUUUUGUGCCUGAGACCCUAAUCACUAGUUUGAAGAAGCUGGAAGCUGAAUUCGUUUAUGCCUUACAGGAUACUGAAUUUCAGGAGGAGCUUGCGACGGCCCUGAGAGACUACGUAGGAAGGGAAACACCUCUGUAUUUUGCUCAAGGAUUGACAAAUUACUACAAGAAUAAAGAUUGAGAAGGGGCGGAAAUUUACCUUAAGAGGGAGGAUCUCAAUCAUUGUGGAGCCCACAAGAUGAACAACGCUGUUGCGCAGACGAUGAUUGCCAAACGCAUGGGCCUGAAGAGUGUUGUGGCAGCCACUGGUGCUGGACAACAUGGUGUUGCAACAGCAGCUGCCUGUGCCAAGCUGUCUUUGUCUUGCACUGUCUUCAUGGGCUCUGAUGAUAUGGAAAAACAAUCCUCAAACGUACUGUUAAUGAAACUAUCUGGUGCUCAGGUUAAACCUGUGGAAAGAAGUUUUAAAGAAGCAAGCUCAGAGGCAAUCAGGGAAUGGGUAGGUAACUUAGAGACAAGCUACUACCUGACAGGCUCGGCCGUGGGACCUCAUCCAUGUCCAAGCAUGGUCUGUGAAUUUCAGUCUGUGAUUGGAAAGGAGACAAGGAGGCAAGCAAUGGGGAAAUGGGGUGGCAAGCCAGAUGUGUUGAUUGCCUGUAUCGGGAGUGGGUCUAAUGCAAUGGGGUUGUUCCAUGAAUUCAUAGAAGAUGAAGAUGUGAGGUUGAUAGGAGUUGAGGCUGCAGGGUUUGGCUUGGAUAGUGGGAAACAUGCUGCAACUCUGAGUAAAGGAGAAGUUGGGGUCUAUCAUGGAGCCAUGAGCUAUUUGUUGGAAGAUGAAGAAGGACAAAUAAUUCGACCACACUCGAUCGCUGUGGGGCUGGAAUAUCCAGGGGUUAGUCCGCAGCUGAGCUUUCUUAAGGACACAGAACGUGCUGAGUUUUAUUCUGCCACGGAUAAAGAGGCUGUAGAUGCAUACCUAAGGCUAUGCAGAUUGGAAGGCAUAAUUCCAUCCUUGGAGGCAGCUCAUGCACUGGCAUACCUCGACAAACUUUGUCCUACUUUACCAAAUGCCACCAAAGUCAUAGUAAACUGUAGCGGUCGAGGAGAUAAAGAUGCAGGAAUGGUUCUUGACCACAGACUUGAGUUAAGUUAAAUGAGCACUCAAUUUAUCUUCGAAUUAUGAAAAUAGGGAAAAGAAUAUAAGAAGGUACGUAAUUUACUGUACUGGUUACUUGUGGACAUAUCAGCAAUUCAAGGUAUAACGAGGAUGGAGAGCUUUAUGUGGAAGCUCAUCGAGCAUUUCCUUGAUAAAGCCAGCUCAAUUUUUUUUCUCUGAAAAAUUGAAUGUUACUUUGCACUCGCUGAUAUCAUAAUGUAUGGAUUCAUUUCAAGAAACUCUUAAUAGAAAGAGAGUGUAUUUCGUA